AGCGGCGGCGGCAGGCCUGGCCCCGGGAUGGCGAUGUUCCGCAGCCUGGUGGCUUCGGCUCAGCAGCGGCAGCCGCCGGGCGGGCCGGCGGGCGGUGACAGCGGCCUGGAGGCGCAGUACAGCUGCCCGAUCUGCCUGGAGGUGUACCACCGGCCUGUGGCCAUCGGCAGCUGCGGCCACACGUUCUGCGGGGAGUGCCUCCAGCCGUGCCUGCAGGUCCCGUCCCCGCUGUGCCCACUGUGCCGCCUGCCGUUCGACCCCAAGAAGGUGGACAAGGCUGCCCACGUGGAGAAGCAGCUCUCAUCCUACAAGGCACCCUGCAGGGGCUGCAACAAGAAGGUGACGCUGGCCAAGAUGAGGGUGCACGUUUCCUCCUGCAUGAAGGUCCAGGAGCAAAUGGCCAACUGCCCCAAAUUCGUCCCCGUGGUGCCCACAUCCCAGCCCAUCCCCAGCGCCGUCCCCAACAGGUCCACCUUCACUUGCCCCUACUGUGGCGCCCGAAACCUGGACCAGCAGGAGCUGCUGAAGCACUGUGUGGACAACCAUCGCAGCGACCCCAACCGCGUGGUGUGCCCCAUCUGCUCGGCCAUGCCCUGGGGAGACCCCAGUUACAAGAGCGCCAACUUCCUGCAGCACCUGCUACACCGGCACAAGUUCUCCUACGACACCUUUGUGCACGACGCCUCUCUGGGCGAGGUCAGGGCAGGGGGCCCAGCUCUCCAGGGCGCUCGGCACCCUGGGACCAGGUGGUGGCUACGGCACUUUCUGGAACUCUGGGAGGCCGCCGAGGACAGGCGUGAGAAGAGUGACAGGGCUACAAGUCCCCGCCGUGUGCAGGCGGUGCUCAUCCUGUCUGGGCCCGCACCGGAGACUGGCUGA